AUGAGUGCCAGUACCCCUAGCCAGCUGCAGUACUCAGGAGAGUGGUCCCAGCACGUUGCCAGAGUGGUGGAGCCUCAAGGAUAUGAGCGUGGGAGAGCUGGCUCCACACCCUGUCUGCUCUGUGGCAGUGUGGACAUUCAUCUAGUUCACCUUCGAGAUGAGCCUGGGUCCUACUUGACUACAGGUUUCCUCUCCUACGAGAAUCUCUGCUCAGGGUUAGACGUUCUCACAAUCCACACUCAUCCUGAAAAACAGACGAAGCAGCAGAGAUCGUUCUUCUAUACCUGUUCUAGGGGGACUAGCAUGCCAGAAUCAUGGAAAUCCAAGCGUCCAUGGUCGGGUAAGAGCUUCGUAAUCGUCUUACUAGGCGAGAAUGACUGGAGUGUGUGGCGCAAGUUCCUCUACUCAGUCAGUGUCACCACUAAUACCCCUGUUAUCCUUCACCAUCAGAACCAUGAACCUUUGGGCUUCCAGUGUGAGCUAAAGACUUGUGGCUCCGCAGGACUCAGGCAAACCUUCAACAUCAGAAUGGGUAUUUUGCCUUUGAGUAACUGUCCCCAGCUCCAAUGCUGCAGGCACAUUGUUCCAGGGCCUCUGUGGUGCUCCGAUGCCCCUCACCCACUGUCGAAGAUCCCCGGUGGGCGAGGGGGCGGCAGGGAUCCUUCUCUCUCAGCUCUAAUAUAUAAGGACGAGAAGCUCACUGUAACCCAGGACCUCCCUGUGAACGAUGGAAAACCUCACAUCGUCCACUUACAGUAUGAGGUCACCGAGGUGAAGGUCUCUUCCUGGGAUGCAGUCCUGUCUAGCCAGAGCCUGUUUGUAGAAAUCCCAGAUGGAUUAUUAGCUGAUGGGAGCAAAGGAGGAUUAUUAGCACUGCUAGAGUUUGCUGAGGAGAAGAUGAAAGUGAACUACGUCUUCAUCUGCUUCAGGAAGGGCCGGGAAGACAGAGCUCCACUCCUGAAGACGUUCAGUUUCUUGGGCUUUGAGAUUGUGCGUCCAGGUCAUCCCUGUGUCCCCUCUCGGCCAGAUGUGAUGUUUAUGGUUUACCCCCUGGACCAGAACUUGUCUGAUGAGGACUAAUGGUCACAGAGGAUGCUUUGCNUAAGAGCCACAGUGGGGGAAGAGGGGAAGUUAGGCAGCCUUGGGGCAGACGAGAGGGUUUCUGGCUGUCUAGGGAAGGACAUUGAGGGGCUCAGGUUGAGGGUUGCCCAUUGUGUUCUCGGAGUUGACUCNUUGAAAUUGUUUUCCAUAAAGAACAGUAUAAGCAUAUUAUUCACAUGUAAUCACCAAUAGUAAAUGAAGAUGUUUAUGAACUGGCAUUAGAAGCUUUUUAAACUGCGCUGUGAUGUGCUCCAUCUACCCCAGGGGAGGACAUUGCCUGGAGGGGCAGGCAGGACUGCGGCCCGGGACAGGCCUGGAGGG